AUGUCGUCUACAGGCGAAGCCCCGGAUGUUGAAAAGGGUGCUGAUACCGCGGACUUUGCCCACCUUACCAACGAUGUCGUACAGAGUUUUAGCUGGCAGGAUGUCACUGUCACUGUCAAGGACCGCGCUUCGAAACAACCACUGGAUAUCCUAGCCAAUGUUAGCGGUGUCCUGGAGGCGGGAGAGAUGCUCGCCCUCAUGGGUCCUAGUGGCUCAGGAAAGACAACACUACUCAAUGUACUUGCUCAUCGGGCGGCCAUGCCAAAGGCAACUAUCCGUCAAGAUCUGAAGAUCAAUGGGGAGCCGACGACGUUGGCUACUUUUAGGAAAUUGAGUAGCUAUGUGGAACAGGAAGAUGCACUUGUCGGGUCUCUCACCGUCAGGGAGACGCUAUACUUUGCAGCUGAACUUGCACUGCCCAGUUCAAUAAGCAAAGCAGCACGUAAGGCCCGCAUAUCCAGCCUCCUAUCUUCCUUUGGUCUCCAGAACCAAGCCGAUACCUUGAUCGGAACGCCGAUCCGAAAAGGCGUAUCUGGCGGCCAAAAGCGUCGUGUAAGCGUGGCCAGCCAGCUCAUCACAAGUCCAAGGAUUUUGUUUCUCGACGAACCUACCAGUGGACUCGACUCCGCAGCUAGUUACGAAGUUAUGAAUUUCGUAAGGAACAUUGCGAAGAAGCACAGGGUGCUUGUCAUUGCUUCUAUCCAUCAACCCUCAACGACAACAUUCGAGCUCUUUGAUAAACUCAUGUUGUUGAGCAGGGGGAAAGUGGUGUACAAUGGCGCAGUAAAGGAGGUUGGAGAGUACUUUGCCGGACUGGAGUAUCAAAUGCCCCUAUAUACCAACCCUGCCGAAUUCGUCAUCGACCUCGUAAACACCGACUUCUCCACCGACACGACCGCCGCAUCCCAACGCCUAACCCAUCUCCACACAUCCUGGGCCACCUCCCCCGCCGCAACCACCUUGGCCUCCAAAAUCCAUACUCAGCCCUCUUCCCCACCCCUUUCUACGAUGCUCGCCACACACCAAACCGCCAAUCCAACCCUCAUCCCCCUCACCCUCAUCCACCGCUCCUUCAUAAAAUCCCACCGCGACAUCGUCGCCUACGGCCUACGCAUCGCCAUGUACAUGGGCCUCGCCAUAAUGAUGGGAACAGUCUGGCUGCGUCUCUCCCCCACACAAUCCAACAUCCAGUCCUUCACCAACGCCAUCUUCUUCGGCGGCGCUUUCAUGUCCUUUAUGGCUGUCGCAUACAUCCCCGCAUACCUUGAGGAUCUCGCCAUUUACGCCAAGGAGCGCGCGAAUGGGUUGUAUGGCCCCACGUCGUUUAUGAUUGCGAAUUUCGUCGUGGGAGUGCCGUAUCUGUUUCUUAUUACGAUUCUGUUUAGUGUGAUAAGCUAUUGGCUGGGUAACUUUCGGCCGACGGCUGAGGGGUUCUGGGUGUGGGUGCUAUGGCUGUUUCUCGAUUUGCUGGCGGCCGAGUCGCUGGUUGUGUUGCUGUCGUCGCUUAUACCGAUCUUUGUGGUUGCGCUGGCGGCGACGGCGUUUGCGAAUGGGUUGUGGAUGUGUGUUAAUGGGUUUAUGGUACAGCCGGAGACACUGAAUGUGUUUUGGCGGUAUGUUUUUCAUUAUAUUGACUACCAGGCGUAUGUGUUUCGGGGGAUGAUGGUCAAUGAGUUUGGGAAAAGGAACUAUGAGUGCGAGCGGUUAGUGGAUGGAGGAUGUCAGUGCAUGUUUCCUAGUGCGCUGCAGGAUCAGUGUUUGGUUGAGGGCAAGGCGGUGUUGAGUGUAUAUGGGUUUGAGACGGGAGACAUGGGGAAGUAUGUGGGUUACAUGCUCGUUAUUGUUGUUGUCUAUAGGUUGUUUGGUUGGGCAGUGUUGUGGAUGAGGAAGCAUUGA